UAAUUUUGAAUCUUAUUAUUAUUGCUGCUGCUGCUGCUGCUUGCUUAAUCAAACAACGGCAUCAGGUAGUUAAUUUCUUCGAGGAGAUUCAGAAUAAUAUAUCAAUGGUGGACCUAAAAGAACGCCUGCUCCCACCGAAACCCCAAUCGGCUAUAAACCUUAGAGGCAUUGCAUAUCAGGCAUCUGCCUCUGGACGCCAACCUUUCCAAGGGUUGGAUUUAUCGGGGUUAAAGAAACGAGGUCAAGGACUCCGAUCUUGGAUCCGUGUAGAUAUAUCUGGGAAUUCCCAGGUCAUCGAGGUUGACAAGUUCACUAUGAUGCGUCGUUGUGAUCUGCCAGCCCGGGAUCUACGGCUUCUUGAUCCUUUGUUUGUGUACCCCUCCACUAUCCUUGGUAGAGAGAAGGCUAUUGUUGUAAAUUUAGAGCAGAUACGGUGUAUCAUCACAGCUGAUGAGGUUUUACUCUUGAAUUCUCUUGAUAGCUAUGUUUUGCAGUAUGUUGUGGAGCUUCAAAGGCGACUAACAUGUGGGGUAGGUGAGGUUUGGCAACCAGAGGGUCCUGAGUUGAACCGUAGAAGAAGCAGUAAGAAUUUUGACAAUGUGUAUGGGAGUCCAUCCCCCGAUUAUUUGCCCUUUGAGUUUAGGGCUCUUGAGGUUGCUUUGGAAUCUGCCUGUACAUUCCUUGAUUCUCAGGCAGCAGAAUUGGAAAUUGAAGCAUACCCAUUGCUGGAUGAGCUUACAUCAAAGAUUAGUACGUUAAACUUGGAGCGAGUUCGUAGAUUAAAGAGCAGACUUGUUGCUUUGACUCGAAGAGUGCAGAAGGUUAGAGAUGAGAUAGAGCAGCUAAUGGAUGAUGAUGGAGAUAUGGCCGAAAUGUAUCUUAGCGAGAAGAGGAGCAGUAUGGAGUCAUCAUUUUAUGGUGAUCAACCUGUGAUGGGGUUCAGAUCAAAUGACGGACUCUCUGCUUCAGCUCCAGUGUCUCCUGUUGCAUCACCCCAUGAACCACGCAGGCUGGAGAAAAGCUUGAGCAUUGCAAGGAGCCACCAUGAGAGCACAAAGAGUUCAGAGAGCUCUACUGAGAGUAUAGAGGAGCUGGAGAUGUUAUUGGAAGCCUACUUUGUUCUCAUUGAUAGCACCCUCAAUAAGUUGACAUCGUUGAAGGAAUACAUUGAUGACACAGAAGAUUUCAUCAAUAUUCAGCUGGAUAAUGUUCGAAACCAGCUGAUCCAAUUCGAACUACUACUCACUACUGCGACUUUUGUUGUUGCCAUUUUCGGGGUGGUAGCCGGAAUAUUUGGCAUGAACUUCGCCAUACCAUUCUUUGACGACCCUGGUGCAUUUAAGUGGGUCCUCAUAAUUACUGGGGUUUGUGGGAUCAUCAUAUUUUGUGCAUUUGUGUGGUUCUUCAAGUACAAAAGACUAAUGCCCCUAUAAGCAAAUAAACAAAUAAAAUUGAAUAAAUAAGCAAAUGUUGGA